AUGGGUUCUCUUCAAGCCAAACUUGUCUUCUUGAUUCUACUGCAAGCUUCAUGCAAUAUUAUUGCUACCAAGGAUGAAGAAUGGAAAACUGCUUCUGCAACGUACACCAAAGAAACAGAUGGAUCUAUCAUUACUGAAGGUGCUUGUGGUUAUGGGGACCUUCACAAAAUAAGCUAUGGGAAGUAUAGUGCUGGAUUAAGCAGCAUUUUGUUCAAUAGAGGUAGUACCUGUGGGGCUUGCUAUGAACUAAGAUGUGUUGAUCACAUCUUGUGGUGCUUACAAGGUAGCCCAUCAAUUAUCCUCACUGCUACAGAUUUCUGCCCCCCAAACUUUGGUCUUUCAGCAGAUUAUGGUGGUUGGUGCAAUUUCCCCAAGGAACAUUUUGAGAUGUCAGAGGCAGCAUUUGCUGAAAUUGCAGAGAAAAAAGCAGAUAUUGUGCCAGUUCAGUAUAGAAGGGUGAAGUGUGAGAGGAGAGGUGGGCUGAGAUUCACGGUGAGUGGAAGUUCUCACUUCUACCAAGUUUUAAUUACUAAUGUGGGACUGGAUGGUGAAGUGGUUGCUGUGAAAGUGAAGGGAUCAAAAACAGGGUGGAUACCAAUGUCCAGAAACUGGGGACAAUUUUGGCAAAGCAAUGUCAACAUGAAAGGGCAGCCUCUAUCUUUCGAAGUCACCACCAGUGGUGGAAGAACACUUACGUCUUACAAUGUUGCUCCAGCAAAUUGGGAGUUUGGCCAGACAUUUGAAGGGAAACAGUUCUAAAAUGAUAUUAGAAUACCAUCACCAAAAUCUCAUUUCUGAAAUAAGGAUUCCAAAGUUAAAUACUUUGAAAUCCUGAUCAUUGAGUUCAUCAAUACUGAAGAUCUGUCCACAUGUUUACACAUUACUCAUGUAGUCAUGUCCAAAUCUCCACCUAUCCCAAGGAGAUAAGCUCUUAGUCAAAAAGAAGGAAGAAAGAUGUACAAGAAAGUUGAAAAAUUAGGAAUACGAGGUCCCAGUUUUGUCUCUUUAUAAUAUUGUGAUUCAAAAGUAUAACUAGUUGUUAAUGGAAUAUGUAUUCGUUAAGAAACAAAGUGAUGCAACCAACCUUGCAUUCUUCACUAAUUCCGGCUUUAACGCUUAAACUUACUUUAAAUGACAUUGUCUUUACUCUUUAGAAUUGCUUAUAAAUAGUGUCACCAGUCAACGAUGUUGCAUCUAAAAUAAUGACUAUUUAACACAAUUGUGGUACAAAAGGAUCAGUACAAUUAACACCAUACGAUAUGAUACACUGCUAAGAAUAUGACUUACAUAUAAUGAACUUCAGAUAAGCAUAGGAUAAGCAAAUGAUGUUCCAUGCGGCAUAACAUAAUUAACCAAAUGUAAUGCAUAAACAGUUAGGAUUAGGCUAAAUACCACAUCAUGAAGCAUGCAUACCAAUGCUCAACCAACUAGAACUCUUAACAGUUUCCCUAUCUAUUAUGCUGGGGCAUAAUGGAAAUGCACCAUCUACUGAAAAAAAAACAUAAUGCUUAAUUCCCUAACAGAUUGUUUCCGAUGCUUUACAAGCUUCCAUAAAAAAAAGGUUGUUUUUUUUUUUUUGGUUAUUUGUUUAUUAAUUAAUUAAUAUUAAUAUUAUUAUUAUUACUACUAUUAUUAUCAUUAUUUGCAGAAAACCAACUCUUCAUAUCAAGUGGGUUUGACCAUAAAAUAGCAAUGCGUUAAAUGUUUUCCACCAUGAGAAACUUACAAAAAUGAAAAUGGCUAAAUUUCUAUACAAGUGAUGAAAAAUUAACCAAAUGUAAUACAUAUAGAGUUAAAUUCAUUUUUGCCAGGGAAACGCCAAAUGCCACUUCAUGAAGCAUGCACAAACAACUAGAACUCUAUCAGCCCACUUCCCUAUCUAUUAUAUUGGGGCAUAAUGGAAAGACAGCUAUUUCAACAUCUAUUGAAAAAAAUCAUAAUGCUUAAUUUCCUAACAGAUUGUUUUCAAUGCUUUACAAGCUUCUUCCAUAAUUUUUUUUUUUUUUUUUUUUUUUUGUUUAACAGAAAA